AUGCCCCAAAAGUUAAACAUGUGAAUAGAGUGUCUUUUGGUUAUGAGACAUAUGAUUAUAUCUCUAAGGUAAAGGUUAAGAAGGGAAGAGACAAUCAUCUCUAUGUGUUGAGUAGCUAAAGUCUUGUAGCAGAAAUUAAUAAAUCGAGCCAGGAAUCCCACUGUGAACCAAAAUGCAUCCAUAAUUUAAAACCCAUCCUGGACGUGGGAGUAGUUUCAGAGUUACAGUUGGAUGUGUGUAGGUGGAUAAUAUAUUGUACUGGUUUUUUGAGGGCCUGUUGGAAAGAAUGGCUGAGGAAAAGAAGAAGGAGCAAAGGGGAAAGUGCAGAAGAAAACAGAGUGAAGAUGUGCUGUGGACUGCCGAUGAUUUCUCCUCCUCCUCCGGUUCAAAUUCAAUGGCAGACAAAGACUGCACUUCUUCCUGCUCUUGUUAUCACUGAGCUGAGAAAGACAGAUCUGGUCCACAGCUAAACCAUUGUCUGCUUUUCUUGCUCCUGUCUCAUUGCCAAUCUCUAAUCUUCAUACCAUCACCAUGGCUUGUUUCCUGGCAUCUGCCUUUCUUCUGGUUCUCCAGACAUACGCUGCACCACCUGAGCUUGUCCAGGCCAGAUUUGGCAUAACACUGGACCCCAUGGACCUCGAUGCUGGGCUCGUCAAUGUCUCUGGAGAUAUAACCUCAUCUCCACCCCCAGGGACUAGUAAAAGAGCCCCGCACAGUAUCAUUAUUGGGGUACGCAAGGGGGGCACACGAGCACUGUUGGAGAUGCUGGACAUACACCCUGAGGUUGCUGCUGCUGCCACCGAGGUGCACUUCUUUGAUUGGGAUGAGAACUAUGCCAAGGGCUUUGAGUGGUACCGUGAGUUGAUGCCCUACUCAUACCCUCACCAGAUCACAGUGGAGAAAACUCCAGGUUACUUUACAUCAGCUCUUGCACCAGAACGCAUCUGUGCCAUGAACUCAUCCAUAAAGCUGCUGCUGAUCUUACGAGACCCAUGCGAGCGGGUUAUCUCCGACUACACCCAGGUGUACUUCAACCGGCUGGAGAACCACAAGCCAGUACAAGCCAUUGAGAACCUCCUAGUGCGCAACGGAGCCCUGAAUAUCCGAUACAAGGCCAUUCAGAGGAGCCUGUACGACGUCCACAUGCGCAAUUGGCUGCGCCACUUCCCGCUGGAGCAGAUACACAUCGUAGAUGGGGAUGCUCUGAUCCGUGACCCCUUGCCAGAGCUUCAGAAGGUGGAGCGCUUCCUCAACUUGCCUCCAAGGAUAGUAUCCUCCAACUUCUACUUCAACCAGACCAAGGGGUUUUACUGUAUCAGAAGUGACGGCCGAGAGCGCUGUCUGCAUGAGUCUAAGGGACGUCCUCACCCGGCUGUCAACAGCACCGUCCUCCAGCAGCUCCGCUCUUACCUACGGGAACACAACCGAACCUUCUUCAGGCUGGUGAAGCGCACCUUCGACUGGCAAUAAGGAUCCCAGAUCACAAAUCAGACUCAAGGGAGCCACUACCUUGUCUGUGAUGAGGACAAAAAGGGGCAUAAAGCACUUUACAGAACUGACAUUUAAAAACCCCUUUGAAUAGCCUCUUAAUAACUACUGUUGUGGUCUCUGGUUUCAGCAGAGCAGUUCUAUAUUUACACGAUAA